ACAUGGAAGACUUAUACUAUAACCCCUGGGAAAAUAUUUAUGAUUCCAAGGCGAAGCUUUACAAUAUGGAGAUCAAAGUUAAAAAGAAGGUUGAAGAAGUCGAAAAAGAGGACGAUAAUCCUGAUAACAAAAACCCGCUGUAUGAAGAAGAAUUCCAACCAGAUAUCGAACCCAAAAAGGAUAAUGGAAAAACAAUCAUACAUCAUCAAAAAUCAGCCGAAAUUGGACAAGAUACGG